AUGGACGACAUGAACCUCAUGAGUCAACUGAGAGCGGGAACCAUUACGUACGAAGAAGGAGACCGCCGGACAACCAUCGACCUCUGUCUCGUUACCCUAGGUCUCGUUGACCGAAUGACCAGAUGCGAAGUAGACAAUAAUAUCAACCAUGACUCCGAUCAUCUACCCAUAGCGACGUCCCUGAACCUAGCAGUGACCGAGCUACAGCGAGAGGAGAAACGAAAGUGGAAAGCUAAUGAUAAGGAAACAUUUAUCGAGACUCUCCGUGGAUCGUUGCCGCAGCUACGAAGACCAAGAACGAAGGCAGCGCUCGACGGAUACGUAGGGAAAACCAUAGACGCCCUCUCAGUCGCUAUCAAAACCGCGGUCCCGACCAGCACCCUUUCGCCAAAAUCCAGGAGAGGCUGGGACGAGCAGUGCGCAGCCAUCCUGGCCGAGACGAAACGACUCCGCCGCGAUCACAGCGAGCGACAGACAGAGGAGAGCUGGGAGGCAUACAGAACAGCGCGCAACAGGAAAGGCCGCAUCAUCAAGAAAGCUCUUCAACAAGCACAUCGCGAAGCAGUGGAAACAGCGGCCGAGUCACCUAGAUCGCUGUGGAAGAUCGCCAAAUGGGCCCGGAACAGACAGAGCCAGCCGCCGACCGUUACGCCGGAAAUCAGGAACCCCAACACGUCUCAGGUCGCCGCAACGCCCGAAGAGAAAGCUGCACUCUUCAAGGAGACCUUCUUCCCCCCGCCACCCGAGGCAAAUCUCGAAGACAUCGACAACGCAUCGUACAGCAACCAGAUUGGCCUGCCGCCAGUGUCGGAAAGCAAAGUAGAGGUCGCCAUCCAGGAAGCAGCACCGCUGAACCCAUGGGGAGAAAUUAAGCCCAAGGCAACCUGUAUAUACCUCGGUCUCAUCAUGGACUCAGCCCUGAAGUGGAAACAACACAUCGACGAGACAGAACGCAAGGUCACGAACACCAUCACAGCACUCAGCAGCAUAGGCAGCUCCACGUGGGGCGUGAUGACGAGAGAGAUGAGGACGAUCUAUAGGGGAGUCGCAAUACCACAGAUGAUGUACGCAUGCUCGCUGUGGUCCAAUAGCGGUUGGGGUGAGAUGGGCUACACGAAAAGAACACUAAACAGACUGCAGAGGCUCCAAGCCAGAGCAGCCAGGACAAUGUGCGGAGCAUACAGAGCAACCUCGUUCCCAGCACUGGAUGUGGAAAUGCACCUCCUGCCAGUCGAACAACAGAUUUGGAAACACAACAUCGACACCAUCAGCAGAGUAGGCAUGGCCGAAGUCACCGCGCGUAGAGGAAAGAAAAUUAGCCCGAGAGAGACGAUAACAAACCGAAUACGCGAUGGACAAGACGUAACCAACGAACAACACGAGCACGAGCACAUACCGCCCUUCAUCACUCCCCCGUGGUGGCAGGGACCGCGUAUCCACAUCGCCGGAGGCACGGAGCAGGCCGAAAAAGAACACGAACGCUGUCUGGAAAAGAACACCGACGCGGCCCACAUCUAUACAGACGGCAGCGGCAUCGACGGUCAGAUCGGAGCGGCAGCAGUCUGCACAACCACACAGCAAACUAGGAAAUCUCACAUGGGGGACGACACGACAUCCACUGUCUACGCGGGAGAGCUGCAGGGCAUCGUCCUGGCCCUCGAGAUGGCGCAGGCAGACAAGGAAAACGGAAACCACCGAAGCAAAGUCUUCAUACACACCGACAACCAGGCCGCCAUCAGAUCGUC